GAGACAACACACCACGCUUUCACAGGAAAGAGGGAUGUGUUUCUCUCUGAUCUGUUGUGGGUGGAUGCUGCUGACUUCGGCUUUUGAUUUUGUCAAUGCGGCAAUGAAUCACACUACAACUUUAUUUGUCAAUCAUGGGCAGUCUGCAAGAAUCAACUGCAACUACAGCCGAACAGAUGACACAGAAUUGAUGGCAGUGAAUAUUCAGUCAUCAAAUUAUACUCUCUGUUCACUUCGCUUUAAUGUAAGUUUAUGGAAACAACAAAACUGCAGAGAUUACGUCAAGUUUAACUGGAUUCCAGAGACUGAGGAAAUCUCAUUUGAGCUCUUAAAUCUUCAAAUUCAGGAUAAAAACACAUACACCUGUACUGUGAUGAGGACUAUACCACCACCACACGUGAAUCUGGGAGUAACACAAGUCCAAGUUAUUGUGCGUCCGGUCUUGUCUCUAUCCUGUGAGAAGAUGCUUGACGGAUCUUCCAGGAUUCUGUGCUCUGUAGCAUUUCACAAUGAUUCACUUGAACUGCUGUGGAUCAGAGAUGGAGAAUUCAUCAACAACUCGUACUCAAACAAAUCAUUCAGUCAUGAAUCAUACCUUAUACUGCCACCCCAAAUCAACAACACAGUCUACUCCUGCUGGGUAAACCACUCGUCCUUAAACAAACCACUCAUCGCUAAUUUAUCAAGCUCUGCCUGCUAUGAAAAAGAGGGGGUAGCUCUGCUUGUGACAGUGGUGUCUGUGGUCUUGUUGACUGUCUUUUUGAUGACUGCAUUGAUCAUUUGUAAAUCUUACAGAAGAGCACAUAAGUCAUCUGUGUCUCCAGUAGCUGUGAGUGUCACAUCUGAGCCUGUGCUUCAAGAUCACCUACAGUCUGAGGUGUUGUAUUCAACACUGGGUAAUCAUCAUCCAAUACCAUGCAGCCCUAUCGGAGUAGAUCCUUCUCGACAAUAAAUGUUAAAUGGAUGCAUUUUACAAUGAUAGAACAGUAGUUUUUUCACUACCCUAAUAGUUUUGGACUUCAGAUUUGACUUUCAAAGAAGACUGAUCCCUGUUUAUAAAGCAGACUAAGCUGAUCUUUCAAUGUGUGAGAAAGCAACCAAUUGUUUUUAAACAAUUCUUUGAAUAACACAUUUAGCUGAUUUCUGUGGGAAACCCUGAAUCAUACUACAACCAAAAAAGAGAAUCAUUGAAUUAUUGACUUGGGUGAUUAAUUACCAAAAAUGAAAUGCUAUAAGACAGAGGAGUCAUUGAAUUAUUCACUAAACCGAUCUGUUAUAAAUACAAUUUCCAUACAGAAUUAAAUAGGUCACUAUUUGUUCGAUCAAAUAUAUUAUAAAACAGGGCAUCACGAUGGCGCAGUGGGUAGCACGAUUACCUCACAGCAAGAAAGUCACUGAUUCGAGCCCCGGCUAGGUCAGUUGGUAUUUCUGUGUGGAGUUUGCAUGUCCUCCCGGUUUGGGUUUCCUCCGGGUGUUCCGGUUUCCCCCACAGCCCAAAGACAUGUGCUAUAGGUGAACUGAAUAAGCUAAAUUUUCUGUAGUGUAUGUGUGUGAAAGAGUGUGUAUGGGUGAUUCCCAGUGUUGGGUUGCGGCUGGAUAGGCAUCCACUGCAUAAAACAUAUGCUUGAUAAGUUGGCGGUUCAUUCCGCUGUGGUGACCCCAGUUUAAUAAAGGGACUAAGCCGAAAAGAAAAUGAUUGAAUGAAUAUUAUAAAACAACUGAAAUUCAUUAAAAAAUCCUAUUGUUUUGAAAUGUUCGGUUCAUUCAGCUGUGACUUGUGACUGUGGUGUUUAGGGACUGACACCAAGUAAUGAAGAGUUUCAUGUGUAAUUUUGUUCUAUGCUUCCUGCAAACAAGUCUUAAGGUGCGCAACAGUAUGGGUCUUUGUUGUUGCAUUUUGCACUUCAAAAUGCACCACACAUUCUCUAUUGGAGACAGGUUGGGACUGCAGAGAGACCAGACACCAGACCAUUCUCUUCCUCCACAGCCAGGACUUUGUAAUGUGUGUGCAGAAUGUGGUUUUGCAUUGUCUUUUUGAAAUAAGGGCACUAACACAACCCCAUACCAUGACAGACCCUGGCUUUUGGACUUGUUGCUGCUAACAGUCUGGAUGAUCCUUUUCUUCUUUGGUCCGGACCACACAGCAUCCAUUUCUCUACCUUCUUCAAAACCCUACUUUCUUUUAUCUACAACUUUUUCUGAUUUGGGGUUGUAAAUGUUUGAAAAUUGUUUGGAGUAAGUAACUUGUAUUAAAGUUGUGACAAAAAGGGUGACUAGCUGCACAAAGUGAAAGGCCAAAUAUAGCAUGCCUUGUAGCAUAAACACAAGGAAAUCACUUUCUAAGUGCUUCCUAUAACAGCCUUAAGAUGCAACAGAAACUGGUGCGCACAAGAGCACAAGAUCAAUGCACUGGCUUUGUGGUCAUUAUAUAAUUCAUUCUUUUCAUUUUGUAUCUCUUUUUGUAUUGUAUGUCUUAUUGUACAUGACCUAAAAAUCAACUUCCCUGCCUUGCACGUGUUCGUAACCUCCUACACCGUGUGGUUUAAAUUAGAUCUCACCGCUUCUUCAGAGCACAAAGAGCAUGCUGUACAACAGAAGCCUUGGUGCAGAAAGUUUCAAGUAAAUGAGGUCUGGAGGACAUUGGUUUUAACCAUUUAAAGUUCCUCAGUUCAGCAACAUAGUAUAGGCCUGAAAAGAACAGAGCAUUUGUGAUUGGCUGCUCCCUGAAUGAAUAGUCAUUUCUCUUGGGAGAAUCUGGAAAAAACUUACAAUUAAAUGAUAGGUUUUUAAGUUUCAGACUGCCUUCGUCAGAUUGGUUGAGCUUGUUUCUUACUUCACUUAAAUGAAAGCUCCUCCUCAUAGAAUCAUCACUUCUUCUUUCACACCACUGUGAGGUUGAACCAUCGGUUCAUGAGAUUUACAAACAAGGAGGCACUUUCUGGCAUUCGAAAUGGUGAGAUUUUAUAUUAUGUAAGAUUAAAAUGUAUAUGCGAAAAGGUUUUUAUGCUGCUAGUAAAUAGCUUGAAGCUCUCUGACAGUCAAAUGUGAAACCUGUUUUGCUCAAAUUUGUGAAUCAUAAUCAUGCAGUAAUGUACAUGAUUUUUAAAAUCUUGAUAAGGAUCACUUUGCUGAAAGAUUUUUAUAUUUGUGCAUGCUUGAUGCUGUUUGGUUUAUUGUCUGUUAUCGGAAAUGUAAAAUAUGUUCUGACUGACUCUCAGCUUGCCGCUGUUUUCUUAUUUGUUCUAGUUUCAUCCAUUUUGUAUCCUCUAACUUUUAAUUUUGAUAACUUUUAUUUGAAUCCAGAUCAAUACUUAAUGGCGAUUUGUCACUAGUCAGCUAGUCAUUAUUGCAGAACAGGCAAAAAUAAAAUAUUGCUAUAUCUUUGUGUUCUCAAUAGAUAACAUCAGUGAGUAUCUUUGUGACUGCAUGCGAGUGGAUGCUCCUGUCUUUGUUUUCUGGUAAUGAUUAUGCAAUUCAGUUUAAUCUUCAUACUGUGAUUCGACAAUAAAGAUACUUACUUCUUAAAUAUAAACUGCCUGCUUUUUUUCAGCUGUUGUAGCUGGACUAACAUCUUCUAACAUCACAUCAGUUCAAACUGUUCAUCGAGGAGCAUCAGUAAAUAUUAGCUGUAACUACAAACCAUCAAAUGAAACUGUCAGUUUCGAUGUGAAACUGGGAAACAAUUAUAUAUUAUGCUCAGCAAAGAUUAUAAACAAUUCAUUGAUUAGUCAAUCUUGUAAGUAUAAUGUUAGAUUAAUUUGGAUUCCUAAUAACAUCUCAUUUGAGGUAUCAGAUCUGCAGAUAAAUGAUACUGGCACUUAUAAAUGUGUUCAGACAAGACUAAUUCCACCUCCUUCAGUUGUUUUGCGAGAAGACGGAACAUUUGUUCAAGUGAUUGCUCGCCCCAUUGUGUCUGUAUCACAAAUGAGAGCAUCAAAUGGAUUUCUCACAAUCCUGUGCAGCUCUGAAGAGUUUUACCCUUCGCCUAUAGAGCAGGUGUGGAUGAGAAAUGGAGAAUUUCACAACAUUUCUCAGACAUUGAACAUUAACAAAACCAACCCAGAUGGAUCCUUCACUCUCCGUUCAUAUCUGAAUAUAUCUGACUGUGAAAACUACUCGUGUUGGGUGAACCACUCGACCCUGAGCCAACCAACAACUCUUCAUGUGCUUCCUAAUUACUGCAUAUGGAUAGCUGUGGUGACCUCUGCAUUGCUGAUUUUUGCAGUACUCCUUAUUACAGUCUUCUGUGAGCGUUACAGAAGAGCCCAUCACCGGUCUCCUGUCCAAUCUGACACCCCCACCUAUGUGCAGAAUGAAAUAUAUUCAUCACUGGGUAAUCACCAUCCAGUUCCAUGCAGCCCGGUCAGACUCCAAGCAUCACAACAGCAAGGCUUUUCACUAUAAUUGAUAUAGUCUGAUUCAUAAUCCUACACUAACUUGUAAUACAGAGUUUCAUGCAGCAGUUUAUCCUGGUUCUUGAUUCUGAUUGACUGAGAGGUCUUUCUGUCAAUGUGAUAGAUUACCAGUAUUGUUACAGCAAACAUUUCUAACAUGAAGAGUCAUGGCAUAAGACCAAAACAACUAGAAAUGUAUGAAUAUUACUGUUGUUGUGUCACUGAAUGUAUUUUAAAGAGGCUAAAAUGUAGUUGUACAGAUGUAUGGCAAACUCCAGUGUGUUAGUAGUUUUUCAGCAUUUAUGAAACCACAGAGAGCAGCUUUACUUUGGCCAGUUUUUCUGGAAUCAACUGCUGGCUCUGUAUGUUUAGUAUCAUUAAUCUGUUAUUUGUUCUAGAGCAAACAGAUUUUACUGAAGGCAACAUUUCAUAACUUAUAUCACAAAUGCUUUAGAACUUUGAGUUACUGUUGUACAGUAUAUGAGCAAGAGAGUCUUUUUAAUAUGCAAU